AUGAUGAUACCUCCACCGUUACAUACAAUACCGGUAGUGAGGCCUGUGCCUGCAAGGUACACGCAGAAGGUGGAAGCUGAUCCUACCAUUCCGCCCAACCAAACAUUAUAUAUAAACAACCUUAACGACCGCGUAAACGUAAAAGUAUUAAAAGCCGCUUUGAGGGAGAUGUUUGGCCGAUUUGGCAAGAUAAUCGACAUCGUGGCGCUAACCUCGUUCUGGCGAAAAGGACAAGCGUUUGUGGUAUUCGAUACAGUAGAAGCUGCACAAAAUGCAAUGAACCACAUGCAAGGUUUUAUGUUUCACGGGCAUGCGAUGCGUAUCAACUUCGCCAGAGAAAAAAGUGAUGCAGUUGCGAAAGCUGAAGGUACUUUUCAGCCGAGACCUGAGGGCCCCAAAAAACCUCGUGCAAUAAAAGAACGCGAGGCGACACAACUUAAAAUUUUUGAAAAACUCCAAAGUGAUUAUUUAGCUGGAACCUUGGAGGGUAUGACGCAGCCUGGAGACCCCAAACUCAUCCAAGCUUUACAGGCAGCACAAGCACGAAUGAACAAUAUGACCCGGACUAAAGCCGCUGGAGCCGAGGUGCGCGGAGAUGUUAUGCAUCAUUACUCCACCACCGUCGGAGCCAGAGGGUUACCAAAUCGCAUUCUCUUUGUGGAGGGGCUGCCUGAAGGCGUUGGCGUUUCUGAUGUCAAUGCUAUCUUUGCCAGUUCUCUUGGCUUCUUGGAGGCUAGGGUAAUCGCAUCUCGUAGGGUGGCAUUCAUAGAUUUCGACAACGAGUUCAAUGCCGGAUACGCGAUGCAGGCAGUCCAGGGGCAUGUAAUAGGAGAUUCAUCUCUCAGAAUAAGCUACGCAAAACGCUAA